CGGAUACGUGCACUGAUUCCUCUCUCUCCACUUUCUCUCUCCUACUCUGCAUUUCUUGUUUUGAUUUGGAAAACUCUCACUGUUCGCCCAAAAUUCUCCAUCUCUUUCAAUAAAAGAAAUAUUCGCUUUCGUAUUAUCUCACUCUUUUCAACAUUUCCGUUUCUCCUUUUUAUCUCUCUCUAAUCUCUUCUUAGGAUUCUUCUCUUGGUUCUCUCAUCCCAACUGCAUUUUACCCUCUCAGUCACACCCUAAGGAAUUGCAAAUGAAGAAGUUCAUCUUGAAAUUGGAUUUGCAUGAUGACAAGGACAAGAGAAAGGCCUUGAAAACAGUCUCUUCUCUUUUAGGAAUUGAUUCAAUCUCCAUAGAUAUGAAGGAUAAGAAGCUGACAGUUACGGGAACAGCUGAUCCGGUGAAAGUAGCAAGCAGAUUGCGAAAAUUCUGGCCAGCAGAUAUACUAUCAGUAGGGCCAGCUCAAGAACCUAAGAAAGAGGAGCCAAAGAAGGAAGAACCAAAGAAAGAGGACGCAAAAAAAGAGGAACCCAAGAAGGAAGAAGCUAAAAAGGAAGAACCAAAGAAGGAAGAAGGUAAAAAGGAAGAAGCAAAGGAAGAAGCAAAGAAAGAAGAACCAAAGAAGGAAGAAGAGAAAAAGAAAGAAGCCGAGCCGGCACCGCCGCCAGCAGUGGUAGGGAUUGUGCCAUACAAUUAUUACAGGCCAUACUAUCCUCCUCCUCCUCCUCCACUGAACACAUACUACCAACCAGUUCAUCACAGCAUGGAGGAGAAUCCUACUGCAUGUGUUAUCUGUUGAUUUUGGUAAGGAAGUGUUGAUUUUUGUUCUUUUAUUAGUUGGUGUUGAAUUUAAAUCUUCUCAGAACCCACCAAGAACAAGAAAUCUCUUGUUGUAUAGAUAAUGAUGCUUUGUGUUGUUCAGGUUAACUCAUGUGUAGAGAGUUGAAUAAAAUUUUGGUAAUUAUAUUAUUACAUUAUGAAAUGCUCAUUUUACAAA